CGGGAUGCAGAAGCGAUGGAGCCCCGCGAGCAGCCCGGCGGGGCCCGGGGAGCCGGAGCCGGAGCCGGAGCCGGAGCCGGAGCCGGAGCGGGGCCGUGCGCGCUGUGCCAAGAGCGGGCGGACGGGCGGGCGGCGCCGCCGCCGCACUCCGGGCACCGCGUCUGCAAGCGGGGCCCCGGACACCUCGCGGAAGCCGCUCGGCCGCCGCCGCCCUCGGCCGCCCCGCAACCCGGCGCCAUGGAGGCCGGCGCGGCGCUCCCCGCGCGCCACGGCGACGGCCGGAGAAAGAUGGCGGCGGCCGUGGCGGCGGCGGCGGCGGCGACCGCGACCGCUUCGCACGCAGCGCUGACGCCAAUGGCCCGCGCCGGCCGGAGGGCCGCGGAUGGGGGCGGCGGUGGCGGCGGCGGCCCGGGCUCCGGCGAGGGGCGGGGCGAGGCGGCGAGGGGGCCGGCCCGAGGCGGAGGCGGAGGCCGGGCGGGCGUCUGGAGGGAGGUGGCGGCGACGGUUUGUUGGGCUCGGAACAUGGCGGGCGUCGGCGACGCGGCGCUCGCGGGAGAAGGCGGCGGAGGUGGCGGCGCGGACGGGUCGGAGCGGGACGGCCGUGGCCCCGGGGAGAAGCCGGGCGGCGGACACGGGCCCCCGCCGGCGCCGCAGCUCACGGAGACGCUGGGCUUCUACGAGAGCGACCCGCGGUGGGAGCGGCGCCGCGGCCGCGCAGAGCUUUCAUUAUUGAGGUUCCUCAGUGCUGAACUAACCAGAGGGUACUUCCUUGAACACAACGAGGCCAAGUACACAGAAAGAAGAGAAAGAGUAUACACUUGUCUGCGGAUACCAAGAGAACUGGAAAAGCUCAUGUUCUUUGGGAUCUUCCUGUGCCUGGACGCCUUCCUCUACGUGUUCACCCUGCUCCCUCUCAGAGUCUGCCUGGCUCUGUCCCGGCUCUUCACACUGCCGUGCUAUGGCUUACGGGACAGACGUCUACUUCAGCCUGCCCAGGUGUGUGACAUCCUGAAGGGUGUCAUUCUGGUCGUCUGCUACUUCAUGAUGCACUAUGUCGACUACUCCAUGAUGUACCACCUGAUCCGGGGGCAGUCAGUCAUCAAGCUCUACAUCAUCUACAACAUGCUUGAGGUAGCUGAUCGUCUGUUUUCAUCAUUUGGUCAAGAUAUACUGGAUGCUCUCUACUGGACAGCCACCGAGCCCAAGGAGAGGAAAAGAGCCCACAUUGGGGUGAUCCCACACUUCUUCAUGGCCGUCCUCUACGUCUUCUUGCACGCGAUCCUGAUAAUGGUUCAAGCAACGACUCUCAACGUAGCCUUUAACUCCCAUAACAAGUCACUGCUUACGAUCAUGAUGUCAAAUAAUUUUGUUGAAAUUAAAGGAAGUGUAUUCAAGAAGUUUGAAAAGAACAAUCUUUUUCAAAUGUCAAAUAGCGAUAUUAAGGAACGAUUCACAAAUUAUGUGCUCCUGCUGAUAGUGUGUCUAAGGAACAUGGAGCAGUUUUCUUGGAAUCCAGAUCACCUCUGGGUGUUGUUUCCAGAUGUCUGUAUGGUGAUUGCGUCAGAAAUCGCCGUGGACAUUGUCAAACAUGCCUUUAUCACCAAGUUCAAUGACAUCACUGCAGACGUCUACAGUGAAUAUAGAGCCAGCCUCGCUUUUGACCUUGUGAGCAGUCGACAGAAAAAUGCAUAUACAGACUACAGUGAUUCUGUCGCCCGGAGGAUGGGGUUUAUUCCUCUCCCACUAGCUGUUUUACUCAUCAGAGUUGUAACAAGCUCCAUUAAAGUGCAAGGAAUCCUGUCCUAUGCCUGUGUCAUACUCUUCUACUUUGGGCUGAUAUCCCUGAAGGUGCUGAACAGCAUCGUGCUGUUGGGGAAGUCGUGCCAGUACGUGAAGGAAGCCAAGAUGGAAGAGAAGCUGUUCCACCCUCCCCCUGCCAGCACUCCAGGCAAAGCAGCCGGCAAAGCACAGAGCAAGUGCAAGCCCUCCCCAGAGGAAACCCUGUCGGCCUCGGUCACCAGCCAGCCCCCUCACGCGAAGGAAAAUGUCGUCCCCUUACUCGUGACGAGCAGCUCUGACCAGUUCCUGACGACGCCCGAUGGGGACGAGAAGGACAUCACGCAGGAGAGUCCGGAACUGAAGCACAGAUCCUCCAAGAAAGACUUGCUGGAGAUAGACAGGUUCACGAUCUGUGGGAACCGGAUUGACUGAGCCCAGCAGCUCCGGGCAGCGGGCGUGGGGCUGCCGGCUCAGACACACGCGACAAAGGGCACUUAAAAUAUUUAUUUAAAAAACCUAAGUUAUUCAUGGGAAUCGAACCUGACUGUCUUCCGGCCGCGCAGUGGGCGUGGUGGGCCCGGAGCCCGGGCCACAGAGCAGCGGGGCCUCCAGGCAGGACUCGGGGAGAAUCCGUGGGUCCAGCCGCCCUCCUGCCAGCCCUAGUGUGACUGACUCCGCUCUGUCCACCUGGGCUUCCAGAACACUGACUAUUUCCUCGAGGCCUCUGCAGUAUAAGGAUGAACCUGGAAAACUGUGAAGCUUCUGCCAUGCCAUGACCUUUUCCAGUCUCCGCCUGCUCUCACAAACAGUUCUCCAGCCCAGUCGCAUCUGCCAAGCAUCAGACAGAUACGAAGUCAACGAAGGGCGAAGGUCCGAAGCGCCAGGAUGCUCCUUGGGGAUGUGUCUGAGCUCCUCAGGAUAAAAGGCUCCCUAAAACAAGGCAUGGUGAAUAGUGGCAUCUUGGAGGAGAAUGGCAACGUCCCCAAGCCAUUUUUUGUAUUUAAAAUGCAGAUCAGUCUAUGAAGGUCCCUGAGAAGAUGUUUCCUAAUUUGGGGGAGUUUAAUCCUUAAGUCAGAAUGUGAGCUGUGUAUUAUUUAAUUGCAGCGGAUAAACUAGAAAUUCCCUGAGAAAGAGGCACUUUUUUAAAAAAAUAUAUAUAUAUAUACUGAAUAAGCAGAGCAGUGUUAAUUUUAAUGUCUAGUUAACUGGUUUCACUUUAAAACUAAUUGCUUCAUGAAUGGUCACAGAGAUUGGACGUGAAAUAGGCAAAGGGACUAUCACUACGGAAUGUGUUGCGUUCAACUGGGUUUUUAGAGUUCAAGAUUUUUUAAUUGCUGCUCUCAGUAGAACAGGUAGCCUCGCCUUGCCUGGACUCACAAAACGCAGCCAUCUCUCUGUUUGGGAUGUCUUGGGGUGCCUGUCCAGGGCGGGUCUCUUGUCACGUGGGGGAGCUGUGACUGUGGGGGCCCUGUGCAGGGAUGGGCAGGCAUGUUGGGAGGGUGUCUGUGGAAUGUCUGGAUGCAGGGGAAGGGGGGCAGUUUGAGUGUGGGGCAGCAUCUGAGUGCAGAUGUCGAGAACAACCAAAAGGUGCUUGUUGGUUUUGUCUGUGAUGAGGAUUUCACUUCUGUUUGAGAACUCCUCUGUGUCCUGUGUCCCCUGACAGGUCUGCCCAGCUCCUCCCACCUGCAGAAAGUUUUCUGCGUUUCCAUUAAACGUUCACAGCAUCUCACAUUAGAACGGCCAGCUGUGACUGUUGUCUGCUCUGGUGUUUUCAUUUCAAAGUUCAGCUCUUGUGCCAGUGUUUUCAGGCAGCGGACAGACAGAAUAGAAAUCUGAGGGCAUUUUGUCUGUUUCCUGGGUGAAAUUUAAGGGAAGCUUUAAUACUCCGAGUUGUUGGCUUCAGAAACAAAAGUCUAUAUGAAUGUUUUGCAUAAACCAGAAUCAUCUGAAGAGUAUUGUUCAAAGAAGGUAAAAGAGAAAAGUAUAGAAUGCUUCUGUGAAACUAGCAAAAUACUAGCAAGUAUUUUAAGUUAAAAAUGAAGUUUUAAUUGUUUUAUGUAUGUUUCAAUGAAGCUCCUGUAAAGUUUUGUUAUUUUGUUGUUGUUGUUUACCACCUUCACCACUGAAAGGAGCAUUUUCCACAGGAAAGGGGGAAAAGUUUGUGGAAAUUGUUGCCAAAACUGGCCCUGAAUGGGGCAAGAACAUGGUUCGGGUAAACUUUGUAGCUCAGCUUGAAUUACUAUGUUUUUGUGCUGUUUUUUUUCAGGAGGUCUUCAUUUCGUUUUGGGAGUUUGGAAGGAUGCUCAUCUCUUCUGUUAAAAAUGGCAUUCAAUACUAAUUUUAUAAGUGCAUCUUGUGUGAAACUCAAUAAAUUUCAAUUUUGUAAUCUUUUCUUAAAAAAAAAAAAAAUCACUGGAUUUCUUUUACAAACCUUUACCCUUCUGUCUGAGUGAUUCUCCCUUGCUAGUAAAGAAUGCAUUUUAGUUUUCAGAUGACAGAACUAAUGUGAAUUAGUCGGACUUCACUGUGACACCACGUCUGAUUUUUGUCUGUGAGAAAAGCAGACAGGCUGAGUCUUCAUCAAAGACCAGCUAAUAUCUCUCAGCAGAUGAAGGUCCUUGCGCAUCACAAGUAUCAGUGUCAGGAGAUGUGCUUUUUCACACCUGGGAGUCAAGUGCAAGAUGGUGCUGUACUUUAAAAAUGAAGACUAAGGUCCAGAGUAGACUAGAAAUAAAAACGCCAAGCAUCAUGCAAGUGCUUGUCCAAAUUUUCUCACA